AUGGCAACCUCAACGUCAACUUCGCCCCCAAUGGAGCCGCUGGACGCCCUCCAAUCGCUCAUCAAUGACGUUCUUAUACAAACUGGCAAGGCUCUGCGGGCGUCUCGCAGGGACGCUCAGGGGAAUCUGACGCACGCCUAUGGGCCUUCGCAGUCAAAGCUGCCAGACACCAUCGAUCACUUUCACAAUGCGCUCAACGAGCUGGAAAGUGAAAUUAUUGGAGCCAAGUCGGUCUUGCUCAGAGAUUACAAUGAACUUCAAGAAAAGAAGAAGAAACUCUUUGCUCGGCCCGUCCCUCAUCCCGUCGAGGCACAAACAAAGCGACCUCUAAGCAUGGAUAUGCCCUCACCGCCCGAGCCAAUUUUCAAGGACGAGCUCAUGGCAGAGGAUGCAGAUGUGAAGCCGAUGGCGCCAUUCCCCAACAUGAGCAUCGAUCUUGCGGAAUCAGAGCCCAUGGACAUGUCCACCAAGGAACCCAAUGGCCAGCAACCGCAGCAGCAACCUCCUCCAGGCGGCAUGAACGGGCUAAACGGAACGACCAGUCCAGGAAUCGUCGUGCCCGCAGCGGACCAAAAGCCAAUUGCGGAUAUGCUUGCUGAACACUCUGCAUCAGCGAUGCCAGCCGCUUCUGGGAUGAACUUUACUGACAUGGAGUUCACUCUUGCGCCACCGUCGGGCAACGAGGUUUCCGUGCAACCCAACGCCUCCAAGGAGCCAUCCUUCGAUUUGGCUACCUUUGCACCAGCUGAUGGCACCGACGACCUUUUGAACCUCAAUAAUCUCCUACCCUCUGACCCCACCAAUCCAGCCGGUGCCGCCGCCCAGGCCAACCCAGCCCAGGUCAAGAUGGAGGAUAUCAAGGUGGAUGUGCCCGACGCAACCAUGAACACAGACUUCUUUGGCCCAGAGUCCGGGGCCGCCGACGGGAUGGACUUUGAUUUUAGCCUUGGCGGCACGGGAGACGAUACUUUUGACGACCUUAUGAACAACCGCGACAGCACGUUUGAGUUGAUGGAUGCCGGCGGUGACUUUGACACGGCGUUUUUCGGCCUUGACAAGCCGGAUGAGAAUCCAGCGUGA